CUUGUUUUUUUAUUUAUUCUGUAUAUUUAUUCUUAUCGAAUAUGGAAGUGGGGUUAAUAGACUUAACUAUUAAGGAUUCAGAAAUAUUUAUUUAUGAAAAGUGAAAAUAAGGAGAGUGUUUGUAAAAUUUAUAUCGAGGUUAUGACUCUAGCAAAGCUGGCAUAUUUAUAUUUGACGACUAUCUAUCCUUUGCAAUGAGAAAAUCGUUCUAUCAAUGGAUACUACUAUAACCAUUUCAAGUAAGAGCGUUAAAAAUAAAUCUGAUUAUUUGCAUUUAACGUACAACACGGGAAAAAAUAAGGAUGCCAUAAUUUCUGUGGAUUCAUCGAAUUUCGGUCAAAGCGGGAGCGUUACAUGGGAUAAAAAGUGUCCAACCUUAUCAAAUAUCGAGAAAGUCACUAACUGGAUGAAGCAAAGUGACAAGGAAUGCGUCAAAAAUGAAUUCACAGAUUUAGUUAAAAACAAGGAAUCAGAAGCAAAGAGCUUGAUAUUAGUUCGAUGUGAUUUUAAUAAAGCUGCAAAUACACAAGCUUAUUACCCCUCGCCAUUCAACAGAUCCACUUCUUUGAUAAACUAUUUUAAAGAUGAAACAUUAGCUAAACAUUCUAAAGUACCUAUGACUCCAAAACUCGAAGGUACUUUUAAAGCACCUGACCAGAAGUCUAACUGUUUCCAUUUAGAAAGUCCAUUAUCAAAAACGGGCAGUUCAUAUUCGAAUGAAAUCAUGGAUGAAGUUCCUCUAAGCCCUGAGAGUCGCAAAAAGGAACUUUGCCAUUAUUUACAGUUGAUGAAUCCUGCAGACAAGAAGGAAAUUACCAUCUUACAAAAUCGUAGAUCGACAAGGGUGAAACAUUUGGCUGAACAAAAACAGGUUCAGGAUAAGAUAAAGGAGAUAACUGAGGAGGUCAAUAUGGAAAUACCUGAAAAAGCAGCUACUUUAAAGUCAUUUAAGGAAUUAAACAUUCAGAUCACCACUUCAGAACAUGAAGAUGAUGAUGAAUCUGAUAAAAUGGACCAUUUUUCUUUUCCCUUUCCACCAAAAAAACUGAUAACUGCCACUAAAGAUUUCGAUGACAUUAUGACUAGACUGGUACCAAGAUUAAAAAGAAGACUAAAAGAAGUGAAAAUACCUUUCUUGACAGACAAGCCAAAAGGGAAAAAAGAUGUGUCUAAACCAAUUCAUGAUAAAAACAAGUCAUCUAAGAUGGUUAAAAUGGACAAAACCUUACCAAAAAUGCGUAAAAAACAUGUCAAAGGAAGGAUUAAAACAUUGCGAAGCAAUGGUAGUCUAAAAGAUGUUCCUAUUAAAAAACUUAUUGCCAAAAAUGAAAAACAAAUUAUUAAAACAAAGACUUCUAAAAGUAUAAAUGGGAAGAGACAAUCAGUUACAUCUGUUUCUCAUAAAUCUAGGACCAAAUCUCCUGCUAAAUCAAUCAGUUCACAUUGUGAAAUUAUUUCUGUAGGCCACUCUCAAGAUGAAGAUAUUGAUUUAGAACAUUUCAUGGAUGAUAUGGUGGAUUUUGAUAAACUUAGUGAAGAACAUAGAAAAUGUCUGAUCGAGAGCAGAAUUUUAUCAACAAACAAAACAGUUUCACAUUCUUACAACAUGGAUAUGUCACCUUUAUUUGGUUUCACCAAGUCUGACACUCAUGAAAUCAGCAAAAUGUGCGAAAAAUAUAAAAAUUCCUUACAAUUGAACCUCCAAAAAGAUGUAUUGACUGAUAUAAAAUUAUCCAAAGAUGUAGAAAUGGAAAAAAAGAAGGAAAUAAUUGAAAAGGAAAAGAAACAACAGGCUAAUGGCGGGAAUACUUAUCUUAUUGUUAACAUUCAUACUCCAGAUUCGUCUGAAAAUGUAUCUGGGAGUUCAGCAGUUUCUGAGCAAUCAACUGUUUCAACUUUAAGAGAACAUGAUUAUGCUAGUGCUCCCAGUAAGAACAGUGAAAAGGAAGACAGCGAUAGUGAAGACAAUGAUGCCAUGUCUCUGCAGGCAAAGGAAGCAAGUUCAGGAAAUUUUAUAGAGGUAAAUACCAACAGUAUAUCAAAUAACACUAAAUUCGAAUUACUGCCAUUUAAACCCAAUGGCGGUACGAAAUCUUUACAUAAAAGUUUACAAUUCAAUGGAAAGAAGAUGCACAAUUUGGCAUCUAGUUCCGCUUUGGCUCAAGAAUGGGACAUGCCUACGUCGCCGAAGCUACAGUUAAAGAAACAGUCGCAUUUCAUAAGCAUAAGUUCCGAGAAUGGAGCUGUACUGAAAGCAUUUUAUGUCAGUUAUAAUCUUAUUAUUUGUCAAGAGUUUCUUAUUUCGUUUUGGAUGCAAACUCCUUUAGGCAACGUCCUCGGCUCCCAAAACAUGUGGGUGCCGCGCGGCCAAACUCAGAAGAUAGUUUUAAAUAACAGGUGCCUUCAGAAAGAUUCCACGGAAAAGGUCGUAUGUUCGGAUACGAGCGUCGUAUACAUCGAACUGUGGAUGAAAGAACACAAAUCGGAAAUGAGACAGGGUCCCGUAGCCGAUGUCUUCGUGACUUUAUACUAUUGGAAACAGAGGCAGAACGGUUUAGAUAAAAAAGUUUUGCAAUUGGAAAAUAUUAACGGAUUUGCCGAUGAUGUUCAAUAUUGUGUAAUGAAGAAUUUUCCAAAAAUCAUCGUCAGCUGGCAUUCGGCCAACGAGGAAACAACUCAGCCGAAAAGGACGUUUAUUCACGCCUAUCAGCUGGCAUCCGAUUACCAGACUGUGUCUAAUAUUUAUGACAUAGAACCUGUCGAUCACUAUGUGUCUUCUCUACAUAAUAUCGAAGAUUAUGACGAUCUCUUAAUGGGUUGCGGUGAGAACAAAAUAACGUUAUGGAAUAUCGAAUUCGGCCAUAUAAUUGCCACCGUUGAAUUGAAUGAUAUCAAGACGCCGCUAUCGACGUUAUGGGUGAAUUGCGAUAGGGGUUUCUUAUUUGCUCUCCAACAAUGUGUAGAUCGAGAAUUGAGGUUAAUAGCUAUCAAUGGAAUGAAGCAAUCUUGGAAAAAAUUGGCGAGUUAUUUUCCACCAGAGGGAUUCGAUAGAUUAAAGGGAGUGUGUAUCGAAAACGGUUUACUCAUUGCGUUUUACGAUCAAGGAAUUCUCUGUUGGAAUACCGAAACCGGUGAGAACUUAGAGGAAAUCAACUUAGAGAACGAUAUAAUACCGUGCGGAACGCACGUAAUUUUAGUCGAAGAUAAUCAAAUUAUUGUUAAGCACGCGUUGACGCAUCUGAUGUCCAUUUCCGUCGAAGAAUCAUGA